AUGGCGUCGAAAGACUCACCGAUCGUUGACAUCACCCAUACAGAUUCCGAAAUCAACGAUGACAUCGCUCGCACUGUCAACUCACUCAACGAAACACUAAACUGUUCUGUUAAUUGGUGUAACAAAACUAAGCCUUUUGUUGGCUUAGCCAGUUUUCCAAGGUCCGGGAACACAUGGGUCCGUCAUUUAUUGGAACUUGCCACAGGAAUAUAUACUGGAUCUCUUUACAAUGCAAUUGGUUUGUAUAGAGCUGGAUUUAUUGGCGAAUACGACGACCCCGAAUUGCGGAGGGCGUUAGUUUAUAAAUGUCACGGGUUCGCUCUAACAUUUGAUAGUGGAAUAAUACUCAUCAGAAAUCCAUAUGACUCACUCAUAUCGUUUUUUACAUUCAAAACAAAGGGCAUAAUGGCAAAACAAAAUGCCGAUGAUUUUAAUAACAAUAAAAAGUGGACAGAUUUCUUUUCCAGCCAAUAUUUUAAGUGGCUGCGAAUUAUUGACAAAUGGAUAAGUUCCGAAAAAAGAAUCUUAAUUUUACACUACGAAGAACUGACGCAACACCCGAUGCAGGGACUGGAGAAAAUAUUGAAUUUUCUGAACGUCACAUUUACCCCGGAACGUCGUCGGUGCGUUGCAGAUGACAUAGAGGGCAAGUUUCAUCGACGGAAUAAGGAGGCAUUCCAAUUCGAUCCAUACAGUAAAGAAAUGCAUGUAAUUAUGGAUGCAGAUAUUGAAAUUGCAAACAGACUAUUGAAAAGUAUAAACCAAACGCUAGUACAUAAACCAUCGUAUCUAUCUAUGUUAUCCGACGCUGAAUAG